UUUGAGCAGAAAACAUCACAUCAUUAAAAAUUUGAAGUGAUCACAAUGAAAUGUUUCACAUUGCUUCAAAAGGAAUCACACUUCACUUCACAAGUGUCAGACUGCACAGCAUGCUAAGCAGAGGCUGCACGCUCAAGAGACAAAAGCUGUGGUUCAUAAGGAGACGUUGAGGAAUGAGGGUAUCACACACUGCUCCACAAGGCAGCUCGCAGUUUGUCAAAAUAACAGGAGAACAAAGAAACUACAGUGCUGCUGUUUGUUGGUCACACCUUGUCCUCGCCCCUCUGCUUCAUGCAGCCUGCAUACUUCAGGUGCAGGUGGACAAAACUUUUGAGACAGUGAGCAUCAGAGAGGUGUGCACUGUGGGUGGAGACACAUAUUAUACACUCCCCCACAAGCAUGAUCUAAAGAGUGAAACCAGUGUGUCAGACCUGGAGUGAGAAGCACACCUGUGAUCUGCACAGCUUUUACCAGCAACAAUAUGAGUGAUUCAGCAGAGGCUGUGGCUGCUCAGCUCAAAAGCCGGAGGAAUGUCACCAUCGAGAUCACCAACCUCACCAACAACUACUGCCUGCUUGACCCCAAGGUUUUCCUGGAGAACGGGAACUGCUACAGCCCCCCCAAACCCACCGUGCGCCCACUGAAAACUGAAGUGUGCAACUUUUGCAAGGGCACUGCCAAAACCACCGGCGCAGUGGGCGUCCUGACCUACGACCUGUUCGAGAGGCAAGCCAACUGCGCUACAGAGAAGUUGGCUAUAAUGUUCUCUGUGCCCUUCGACUAUAACAUGUACAAGAACUGGUUUGCAGUGGGAAUCUACAGCCUGGGGGGAGACUCAGGAGGGCCUCUGGUGUGCGAGAUCGAUGACAGGCUCUUCCUUUUUGGAAUCAUCAGCUGGGGCGACGGCUGCGCAAUGGAGUUCCGACCUGGCGUUUACACCAAAGUGGCCAAUUAUAACCGCUGGAUAAAAGAGAAGACGGGUCUGACAUCCAUCAUUGGUGGAGCCAUGUGA